AUGCCUUUUGGUUUUUCUAAUGCUCCUAGAACUUUCAUGCGUUUGAUGAAUCAGAGCCAGAGUGAGACUGCACAUCUAAACCACUUGAGGAAGAUACUAAUAGUUUUGCAGGAGAAUAAGUUGUACAUCAAUCUGAAAAAGUGCAACUUCAUGACCAGUAGCCUUGUAUUCCUAGGCUUUGUCGUUAGUGCAAAGGGCAUCCAUAUUGAUAAAGAGAAUGUGCGUGCUAUUCGAGAGUGGCCUACAUCGAAGACUAUCUGUGAGGUUCGUAGUUUUCAUGGCCUAGCAAUGUUCUAUAGGAGAUUCGUCAGAAAUUUUAGCAGUAUAGUAGCUCCUAUCACUGAAUACAUAAAGAAAGGCAAGUUUAAUUGUGGAGUAGAAGCAGAUCGUAGCUUUGCACUCAUCAAGGAGAAGUUAUUCACCGCACCAGUGCUUGCACUUCCAGACUUUCAAAAGGUGUUUAAAGUUGAUUGUGAUGCGUCCAUCAUAGGAAUUGGUGGUGUGCUAUCUCAAGAAGGGCGUCUAGUUGCUUUCUACAAUGAGAAAAUCAGUGAAGCUCAAAUGGACCACAUAUGA